GUCAGAGCAUUCGAUGGGCAGCUGACGUCAUGGCCCGUGCCAGGAGGGAAGAGGACUGGGCACAGGGGCAUUAGCAAGUGGGACUGAGUUAGCAACAUCAAGGGACAACAAAACAACAACAAAAUGAGAGUCAGCGCUGUGAGGUUUGCUGUGGUCGUACUCGGUGUCUUAGGAUGGUCUCUGACAUUCUCCUCAGCCACACAAGUGGGCCUGACCGACAAAGUCCUGGUGUUCCCAUACGAGACAGACUUCAGCUUCGUGGCUCUGAUCCCGCAGAAGGAGAUGGGGCUGAGGGCCUUCACUCUCUGCAUGCGUGUGGCCACUGAGCUGCCGGAAGAACGUCAGAUCAUCCUGUUCGCCUACCGCACAGCUGACUACGACGAGCUCAACGUGUGGCGUGAGAAGGACGGGCGCAUCUCCUUCUACAUGAGCGGUGACGGCACCUUCUUCCACCUGCCGCCCCUCACCACCUUCCGCACCAGCCUCUGCCUGACCUGGGAGUCUCGCACUGGCCUCACUGCUUUCUGGGUGGAAGGGAAACGCAGCACCUACCAGGUCUACAAACCCGGGCACACCAUCCGUCCAAAAGGCACCGUCCUCUUGGGGCAGGACCCAGACAAACAUCUGGGGGGUUUAGAGGCCGUGCAGAGCUUUGUUGGGGAGAUGACUGAUCUGAAUAUGUGGGACUUUGUGCUCUCCAGGAGCAUGAUCCAGGCCUGGCACUAUGGGCACAAGGUCCCCAAGGGCAACAUCUUUGACUGGGGCACCAUGGAGUACGAGCUGAACGGGAACGUGAUGGUGGUGGAUGAUGACUGACUCGAUGUGGAGUCGAAUGCCGAGAGGGAUGAGGCUUUAGAUAUCUGUGAUGGACUCAUACUGAUAUGUGUGAUUGUCAUACUUAGAGUCAGCAUUGUUUUAUUUUAGGGCUCCUAAACUGCUCAGCCAUAAGGGCCACAAGUUUAACCCUUUGAAACCUGGAGUGACAUCAUUUUCUUGUGCUGCUUCAAGUAUUUAAACCUUUGAACCUUGAGCAAAUUGGUGUGAUUUCUUUCAAAAACACUGGGGAAAAAGGCAUUAAGCAACUUGGUUAGAAAUUUCCCAUGAACUGCAAAAAAAAAAAAAUUAGAAAAUUAUUAAAAAAUAGGGGGAUAAAAAGUAUAGUUACUACUAUCAUUACAUUUUAUAACAUUUUAAAAUUAUUUUACUCUUUCCAGGUUUUAAUUUUAAUUUUUUUUUUAAUUUUCUUGUUUUUAAUUUUCUCUUUUUACCAGUUUCUUGCUAAUGUUUUAGGUCAUGUCUUUUUCAUCACUCAUUGCCUUCUUCUCAUGUUUUCUAAAGAAUCAAGCCGAUUUGCUCAGGUUUUAAAGGGGUAAUGUUGCAUGAAAAGCCUCUUAUUGAUUGGGUAAAUGAAAUAGAGUGGAGUAGUGUUUUUUGGGCUUUUUAGUAUCCUCCUACAUGUAACUUGUAGCUAUUAUGAUCAGUUUCAUCAUUUCUUAAGUUUCACUAGUCUUCUUUGUAUCUUAAAGCUUCACCUUUUGGUUGUUGUGAGAACGAACUUGCAAUGGUGGAUGAAAUCAUGAUUUAUUUCCCCUAACCUUAAUUAAGAAAUCCCUUUCUGGCAGAAAGCUCUUUAGGAAAACUUCUCCUUAACAGCUGGAAGAAGUAUUCAGAUCUUUUACUUUGGUAAAAGUGCAGUACCACAUGGUAAAUAUAUUCUGUUACAAGUACAAGUUCUGCAUUCAUCUUUUAAGUAUUAGCAUUAAAAAAAAUAUACUUAAAGUACCAAAGUAAAGGUAAUUAUGCAGAAAGGCCCCUUUCAGAAUGAUGUAUAUUAUAUUAGUGGAUUAUAAUUAGGGAUGCAUUCAUGUGUACAUCACUUUAAACUUGCAGCUGGUAACGGUGGAGCUAGACUUAAUUACUUUAUAGAGUUAAUAAGAUAUGUUAUCUUGCAUGUAAUAAUACAUCAUAAUGUGAUUGUUGGCUCUUUUUUUUGCAUUAUUAGGAUCUGAGUCUGCAAACUAACUUAAGUUAAUAAGCUGAUAGCACUAUUUGGAUAGUCCACCUGGAGAUAUGUGAAAUAUUUUAACAUCUUAAUAGUUGAAAUUCAACAAUCAAUCAACUGUGUCUGUACAUAUCUAUCUACAAAGCAUCUGUGACAAUUUAUUACAUAUUCUUAGGACUGUUUAGUUGAACUUAACUUUAAAAAUAAGGAUUUUGGAUGACGCAUAUAAUUUAGAUUUUAAUUAGUAUAUUAGUCAGUAAGUGAAAUAAUUAAUAAUGGAUGAAAUAUACCUACUCUGCCUUUGUGUUAACAGUAACAACUGCAUCAUAAAAAACAUCAUGAAAUAUACUCCAAGAUAAUGUGUAAUCCCUGCACUGAAACAUGUGCAUGUGUCAGCAUCCAUGCGGCCAAAGUCAGUUUCAUUUGUGGGACUGGACAGUGUUGAGCUGCAUUCAAACAAUGCAUAUUUCUCUUGGAUCACUGUUUGAGCAUGGCGUCAGUUAAAAAAAACCGAACACAGCCUUCUCAGAUAAAUUAACCUAUUUAAUGUUGGCAGAAUGAACAGACGCAUUUCUGUUUCUUUUGCCCUCAUUAAUUAAGUUAAUUUAUUGGACAGUGCUGGAUUUCUGUUUGUUUUUGCUGGAAAGUUUGAGUCCAGCAGCAAGCUGUGGCCAAGUGUUAAUAUUACUGACUUUUCAUGAGUGACCAGUUGUAUUGAAAAAUAUAAGUUUUCUUUACCUAACAAGCUUUAGUGUGUCAUAGCUGUUAAAUUUAGGUACUAUUUACUCAAGACAUGUGAUAUAAUCUACUCAAACAAACUGAGUGUAAAUUGUCACCUCACUUUCUAUAGGUUUGUUUUAACAGUUGGAACUAUAAAGCAGAGCAAAGUGAAUAGUUCAGGUAAAACAAAUUAUUCUGAGAAUUUGUGGUGAAUUGUUACAUAUACUCUAAAUAAUCCGUAAACAUCUACAGACAAAGCAAAACAGUUAAAUUGUUGAAUCUCAACCAAUAAGCUGUGGAAAUGUUACAAAUACUCCAUAAACUAUCUGAAGACAGACUAUCCAAAUGAAGUGUUACUGUAGAGUUCGCCCUCUAAACUGUAGUGGAGUAGAAGUAUAAAAUAGCAGAAAAUAGAAAUACAAAAGUAAAGUGCAGGUACCUCAAAACUUACUUCCACCACUGCAAACCUGUAAAUAUCAAACACAAAAUACUGAUGUGCCAGAUGUAUCCAUCAGAUGGCACUCUGCACUAGUUCACAUCAAACAGGGACUCAUGUCAAACUCAGCAUUAUCAUGCACUGAUGUGAUUUGGCACAGUUAGGAAGCGAGGUUAUUAAAGAGGCAACCAAUAAGUGAUUAAGUUUAACAGCCUUGAAUGAUAUUAGAUUUAAAUUGAUAACUGCAGUACGUGAGAUAUUCAAUAGAUUCAAUAGAUUUAAAGGUAUCUUGUCGUAAUUUAACACACUGUAUCAAAAAACUGCCAUAUUUACAAAUAAAAUAUGCUUUCAUGCAUGCAGUUACACACAUUAGUUUGUCCAAUGCCACUGAUUAUAAAAAUGUGAAAGGGAUAUUAAAACAGCAAACUGGGAGAGAUGAGAGAUUUCUACUGUAGACUUAAUGAUUUAACUACACUCAGAGACAAAUAGCAAUUAUCAUGUUUAAUAUCCAUCGCCAUAAUGUUGCCUUCGGUUAGCGUACUCACUCAUGAAUUUUCCAUGUUUUCGACUGAUGUAAGAACGCUUUUGGGUCUGAAAUAAAAUCUCGCCAUGUGCAUAACUAAUA